AUGGAUGUAAAAAUAUCAGCCAUUCUGCUGGCCUGCAUUAUACAAUAUGCUGUGAGCUCACCUAUACAGGUUUUCUACUCAGGUACUGAAAUACUUGCUGAGGAAGAUGCAAUGGCCAAGGUGGACAUUCUCAAAGCAAUAGAAAAAGCAGAUCCAGGAAGCGUGAAGACACAGGACUCCAUGGACAUACUCAGUCAGAUAUUAGAGGCAAACAAAGGUAUUAAGCUGCAAACCCAAGAAGGAGACAUUAUUCAAAAACAAGGUCGUAGCGCCAUAAAUGAUGCAAGAUUCCUUUGGCCUAAGUCUGCCGAUGGGAUUGUCCCUGUGCCUUACAACCUCUCCUACAGCUAUAAUGCGGAUCAGUUAGCUCUCUUUAAGAAGGCCAUUCAGGAGUUUGAAGCCUUAACCUGUGUGAGAUUUGUACCUUGGACAACAGAAGUCAAUUUUCUCAACAUCAUGUCUAAUGGCGGUUGUGGAUCUUUAAUUGGGAAAAAUGGAGGAGCUCAGAGAUUGGAGUUGGAUGCAAAUGGCUGCAUGAAUAUGGGGAUCAUCCAGCAUGAACUGAACCAUGCCCUGGGCUUCUACCAUGAACAGAACAGAAGCGACCGGGAUGACUAUGUCAUUAUACAUACUGAGAAUAUCAUACCAGACUUUCUCAAAAUGUUCGAAAAAUACAACACCAAUAACCUUGGGAUUGAAUAUGACUACGCUUCAGUGAUGCAUUACUCACGUUAUCACUAUAGUAUCAACGGAGAUAUCACCAUUGAGCCCAAGCCUGAUCCAAAUGUUCCCAUUGGACAAAGGGAUGGACUUAGUAUUCUGGACAUUUCUAAGAUUAACAAACUAUAUGAGUGCAAUGUGUGCUCCAAUUUGCUCCCUUACUCCAAUGGGAUGAUGAUUUCAGCCAACUACCCCUCUGCCUACCCUAAUAAUGCCAACUGUGUUUGGUUGAUUAGAACUCCAUCUGGCCAGGUGACCCUGCAAUUCCAAGCCUUUGAUAUCCAGUCAUCUUCGGGCUGCGUCUCUGACUACAUUAAGAUCUAUGAUGGUCCUACUAAGGCAUUCCCUGUGUUAGUAAACAGGGCAUGUGGUACAGGACUGAUCCCUCUACAGAUUGCCUCCACUAACCAGAUGCUGGUUGAGUUUGUCAGUGAUAGAGCAGUUACUGGGACCGGCUUCAAAGCAACAUAUGGCUCAAUUCAGUGUGGUGGAGCUUUCUAUUCCUCACCCAAGACUUUCACAUCUCCGAAUUACCCUGGAAACUAUACAACUAACACAAACUGCACCUGGACAAUCACAGCUCCCGCUGGAUUCAAGGUAUCACUGCGCAUCACUGACUUUGAACUUGAGAUCGGAGCUUCGUGCAGAUAUGACUAUCUAAACAUUUACAAUUCAACUCUUGGUGCUGUCAUGGGCCCAUACUGUGGCCCCAUAGAUUUCCCUUCUGCUAUUGUUUCCAAAUCAAAUUCCAUGAUGAUCACGAUGAACAGCGACUUCUCGAAGCAAUAUAAAGGCUUCAGCGCUACCUAUACUUUUGGUGAGUUUUCUGAUUUGUGAUAAAUGGACCCAGACGGUACUUCAGCAAUGAUUGAAAAAAUUAUAAAAUCUUAAAUCCUAUACAAAGGUGGGGGGAAUAUCAUUUGUAAUGAUAAUCAUUUGCAGAAACACAAACUUUCACAAAAUAAUACAUAUUGAUUUUUUUUCUACAGUGAGGUAAAGAGAAUGGAAACGAAGGAAUUCAUUGUUACUGAACAAGGAGAGAUGGGCGUCUGCGGUAUCUUGUCCACAUUAAAUUAAAUAAGUGGGAAGGCUCUACAAGAAAUUAUACAGUUAAUCAUUUUUGGGAAGGGUUGUUGCUGUGUGAUGAUAUAAUUAUGUUUGAGGAAUUUUAACAAGACUAAAUAAACCAUGAUUUUGUAAAUAUUUUAGUAGCCAUUGUCAUUCUACCACUCAUAAACAAGGGUACUAAUUGAUUGAGGUUGAA